CGAGCAGGAGGUUCUCGACGAGUACGAGCGCCUCGCGGACAACAUGCGGCGGCUGGCCUCUGUGCUGGACGCCAUGGCGGACCGCCCGACGACGGAGAUCCUGGACGGCCUGCGCGAGCUGGAGCGCAAGACGAGCCUCGUGUUCACGCUGCUCAAGGCCAGCGUGUACAGCAUUGUGCUGCAGCAGGAGAUUGAUUGGGGCAAUCGCUGAGGAGGAGGAGGCGAAGACGACGGACGCUCGAUGAUGGAACUAGGGAGUUUAAAAGCGAGAAGACAAGGGAAGGAAAGGCGAGGAAUGAAAAGGGACGAGAGAGAUCCGACGAAAAGGAAUAGCCCUGCUCGAGGACUCGGAGAUAUUGGCGGCAGGGUUACGUGGCGAUGGGAUAUGCUUGAUGCUUCUGCCGUGCGGACAACUCCCUUUUGCUUGACAGGAGGGGGUGCGUGGAGAUGGCGGCAUUGGACAUGCCAUCGUUACUUUCCAUCAAUUCCACGCGAACACGUUAAACGCACUACUGCCGCCACAGCCCGGCUCACGCUCGACAGACAUUACUUUGCCAGCAGCGUCAGAGGAGGAGAGCUCUACGUUGCUGGGCGAAGCCGAAUCCAGCGGGCCCCAUCACCACCACCACCGUCCUUUGCUUCGCGCAAGACUGUCCGUCCGUCCUCUCUGAUCGGAUCAAGGCGAGACACCCCUGCGCUGGUGCACAUGCACUUUACAAGCAUCGCGCCCGCGCCCGCGCCCGCACCAGCUUACGCGCGGGCUUGAGACCCCGCCGGUCCAGAUGAUGUGGACGUGCGGGGACGGGGGCUGGCAUUCCUGUUGUUCUGGAAUUUGGGGAUGCAAAGGUCACCAUGACAGACGAGAUACUGGCCAAGCCAGAGCUGCAUGGCGGAUAUACGGUCGCAAUGGUCUCUCAUAUCAGCGGCAGGGAAGAACGGAGCAUCAGCUUGGGAUCUUGUAGCGAGGAGAAUGCGCGAUGCUUCCUUUGGACUGUCCCCAGGGGAUGA